AUGGCUAGCCUAAUCAAUAAGCUUUCCCAGAAAACGACUCCAUCUCUAAGAAUCGUAGCAACGGCCAUUAAAAAUCCGCCGCUCUUCACUCACGUCCUUCAUACUACCAAACCAAAUUUCAUAAACAACUCAAUUCCUCUCUGGGACUCCACAGCCACAGAGAACAACCCAACAACUCAAAACCCUACUAAACCCCUGCUGUUUUGUUAUCCCAAUUUCCCAUUUGGGUAUUCCUUAAACCCCAUUGCCAUAACUGGGGCUAAUCAAUUGAAGGCUGUUGGGUCUGAUUUUGCUGAAAAAGAUACCGAUGAUGCGAGGACCGUGUGGGCUGAUAGCGUGAAGAAGAAGAGGAAGAAGAAGAUGAACAAGCACAAGUACAAGAAGCUCACGAAGCGUCUCCGGCGAAAGGCAUAA